CUCUCAGACACUGAAAUCGUGAAGCCCCAAUAACCCAAACAUUUUCCUUUUCCAUGAACGACCUGGCACGAAACACUGUAUUAAUGGCUUCUCCCGGCUCAGCAUGCAUUGCAGACUUCGAAAACAUAGCACUGGAUGAUGGUAACAGUCACCUGCUAACAAAACGAAAUCGUCAGCGGGAGAUGAAUAAGUGUCUAGGUGCAUCGACGAGAUACGCGGAUCCAUCCCCGAAGACAUCGAAACCUCAUCCAACCCAGCGUAACCAAUCGGAAGUAAUACGAUUCGACUGGGAGUUUUCAACCGCCCUACGACUCGGUUUUCGGUACGAACCAAUUCACUGUACUUACAAUACGAUUGCCAAGAAUCAGUUCGUAGUACGAUUAGAUGGGGCGGAUUUUAUGAGAUUCCUCUUAGCUGGUAUGGAGAGGAAAUCAAGGGCUAUCUUGAAAACAGUAGGGUACUGUGAACAACCAAUCUGGAGCCACCAACCAAGUGGGUCUGCCUCACCUCAAACCUCACCACCAAAAAAAGCCUAUACAAGUCGUAAUACGAUAUACUUUUCAGGCUUAAGUACGAUUCGAUACGACUCAGAGACUCACUACGACUCUACGAUGCACGUGAUCGUAACGUAUCGUAUUCUACGAAUCGUAGUCCUUCCUGUUGGUCACGCUGAUCCAACCCUCCCAAACCAAACCAUCCCUUGCCCCCUGACUUUCGCUUGCGCGACUUUUCCAGCCCUCUUAUCUCCAGCCUAUUCUAAGAGAGCAUUAGAUGCGAAUGCCUCUACGAUCCUUCUACUGUCAUCUGUGGGUAGGGUCUCCGUCAAGCAUGGACUUUCUGGGUCCACUGGAUACCCAGGUCAGUUCGGCAUUCGUAAAUCCGGCCUUUGUCCCGUCACCGCAAUGGUCGAAGUUGUUGGUCUAAAGCCAUGUUUCUUCAGAAUACCUGCUGGCUGCUGGGCUGCUGGGCCCGCAGUGGGAGCCCUUUCGCAUGCCAAGGUCAAAUAUGUAAUGCUCCUUGUCCAGGACAUAGAAAAUUUCGGCCUUAAUUUUAUCGCGUGGAAGAAGGGAGAGGUAUUUUGGGAUAGUAAGGCCGCCGGCUUGAAUCAGAUAGACUUUGCAUGUCUACUUUUGACGGCGAAGAAGGGGUAUGGUGCCACAGAAAACUUGGGGGCGGUGUUUGAGACAUGUGGAAUUGGGAGCUUGGGAGGCAGGAUAGGAGGAACCUUUGUGACGAUUCUUGAAAUACAAGCGACUAAUACGAUUAUGCUACUUCAAUUCUGGCGUCAGUGGAAGAUGAACAGUGCCAUCAUUAUAGGGUAUGAAGGGGAAAAUAUCCCGCUAAGAGGGGUAGCUGGAUUAGAUUUUAGACACCCCACACUCAACCCUGCAAAACCAAGAUAUUUACCAAGAUCGAGAAGAAGCUUCCUCGAACUAAUCAACGAUUCUCUUCCGGAAAAUAAAAUGGAAGGGCAUGGCUCUAAGAGAGUUCGUAUGAAUAUUUUAGGGAAGAUUGGUGAACACCAAGGAUUCCCAGUAAGCCAGCAGCGUGCGAUGGAGGGUCUGGAGAAUGAAAGGCUUGAAAAUGACUCUCGGCCUCCUCCCUUCCUUCCUCUACUACUAGCUCUGUUUGUUAUGGCCAUGGUACGGAACUCGCGAAGAAUAAACUCUAACUUCAAAACAGAGGAUACAUGCUAUGCUGCCAAGAGGCUGCUCCGCCAACGUAGCUUAAGCUUUGAGACACCCCUGAAGCGAUUGCAAGGCAUAACUAGAGGAACUAGUUGCUACCUCAAGUGUGGUUCCUGCUAUCAUUUCGAUACUAAAGGAUCUACCUAUUUCGAUAACCUGGGCAAUAAUGGCCUACGAAUGAUCAUCAGCAUCCCUACCCAGUCUUUCAGUCAAGAAUACAAAAUGCGUGGAACCUGCUUACUCAUGUUCGUUAAGAACACCGUCGGGUACGGAAAACUAGUUGAUAAACAUUCUUCUGGCCUGAUGGUAAUGGUCAAUAUACUGAUUGGAUAUUGUUUCCUAGUGAGUUUCUCCCUGCAGAUCAAUACUACAAUCUACCGGGCUACGGUUGGACUAGUUUUGUGUGCGGUAUUCGGCAGGAUACGAAUAGGGGCUGAACUAAAAGAGCUGAGCGGGCGGAUAUUACAUUGUUUCAAUGCAGUGAGUUUUCUCUCCAUAACGCUUACAUUUUCCCGCAAAUAUCAGGAAAACAAUGGCUGGUUUGGGAGAUACCAUUUUGGCAACCAAAUGGCCUUCACAGGAACCCUUCAAGGACGUACAGGACUGCAUUUUAUCACCUAUCAUUGA